GUGGGGGGGAGAGGCCGCGCUGCGCAUGUGCGGGCGGUUAAGAUGGCGGACGACAAGGACUCGCUCGGCAAACUGAAAGACUUGGCGCAGCUGAAGGGCCAACUGGAGGACAUCCAGCGGCGGGUGGAGGAGGAGGUGCAAGCGGGACUGCCAUCCGGCGGCACGGUGCUGGCCUCUCCGUUCGUGAAGGGUUUCCUGGCGGGAUACGUGGUGGCCAAACUUCGUUCCUCGGCCGUGCUGGGGGUGGCCAUCGGCACCUGCACAGGCAUCUACGCCGCCCAGAACCUCAACAUCCCCAACAUCGAGAAGACCGUGAAGGAUUACUUGGAAUCCAUGAAGAAGAGGCCAAACUGACUGCUGGGGUCGACCCAACCCAAGCAGAGCCGCUCCUGUUUCAAUCUGCGCGUUGGACGAACUGAGU